AUGCAAGUAAAAAAGUACGACGAACACGGGCGCCCAUACCUUGAAAUAUGUGAAGGAUACGAAAUUCGCUUGGAUUAUAGCGAAUUAUCGGAAGCCGAUAAAGAAAAAGCUCGCGUUGAAUUACGAGAAACGCCUGAAAAUGUCGAAAAAGGUUUAAAAGAGCUCCGAGAAAUACUUGCCAAUGACGAUACGUUGUUCGUUCCCUCCGAAUACGAUGAAUUUUUAAUGAAAUUUCUUCGUCCUACGAAAUUUUACGCCAAAAGUGCCUACAAACUCAUGCGUCAUUACUACGAAUUUCGAGAAAAAUAUCCCGAGUACUGCAAAAAUUUAGUUCCAAGCACUGCGAGACUCGCCAUCGAACACAACAUCAUCAACAUCCAUCCGAAACGUGACCAACAUCGACGUCGCAUCAUCAUUGUCAAGCCAGGAACGAAUUGGGAUCACUCCAUUGUGUCGGUGAACGAAAGUUUUCGUGCUCUCCAGUUGGGAGCUGAAGCAGCUCUUUUGGAACAAGUGACGCAAGUCAACGGAUUCAUCGUCAUAAUGGAUUUUGUGGGACUCACACUGAGUCAAUGCUUGGUUGCGACACCUCAUAAUGUUCGGAUGUUCAUGGAAUGGUUUCAAAAAAGUCAACCAUUGCGAUGCAAGGCGAUUCAUGUAGUGAACUAUCCAACGGUAUUUGCGGUACUUUAUGGGGUUUUCAGACCUUUUAUUGGUUCAAAGAUAAAGAAAAGAGUCCAUUUUCACGGAAAUGACUUUAAAUCGUUGUUAGAGCAUGUAGAUGCAGAUUGCCUUCCAAAAUGCUACGGAGGUACGAUUGAAUGUGAAGAAGCUGAUGGGAAAUUGGCAGCUGAAAUUUUGGAAGAGAGUUCGGAUGAAUUUGAAUUGGCAACUCACUUUGGAAUUGUCAAAAAUAAACACGAAAUUAAAUUGAAACUUGUUCCGGUGACGGAUCCAAAUCGUAUAGGGACCAAAUAUGCCUUAGUUAAAACUGAAUAA